AUGGCGUCCUCCUCCAGCGGCCGGCCUCGCAACAACAACAUCAACACCAACACCGCCAACACCACCAACACCACCAACGCCCUCUCCAAAGCCGCCUCCGCCUCCACCGCCGCUCUCGCCCGCGCCCUCGCCGCCGCCCUCGCCGCCGCGCUCAACGUCGUCGUCUCCCCCUCGCUCACCGGCCUCGCCCUGCUCCUCCUCGGCACGCGCGGCGGGCCGGCGCCGGUGCGCGACGCCCGCGCCCGGUUCGAGAGGGCGCUGAGCGGUGCGUGGCCGGGCCGUUCGCCGCCCGUACUCAUCAUCGACGAGUAUCGCGCGGGGCGGCGGCGGCGGCGGCUGGAGCGGGCGACGGGGGUGUUGAGGGUGCUGUUUGCGGUGGGGGUGGCGAGGGCGGCGAAUGCGGUGUUGAGUCGGUGGGCGAUGAGGCAGUGGCGGUGGGGGUGGGGGUGGGAGGGAGUCGGGUUGGGGUUGGGGUGGAAAAGGGGGUCGAAGGGGAGAGUUAUAGGCCGGACCGAUCAGAGGGGGGCUGCUGGGUGGGAUUUUGACGGGAAAAGGGGGGUGGGGGAGGUGGUGGUUGUGACGGGCGGGUGCGGGGGCAUCGGGAAGGAGAUCGUGAUGGGGUUGGUGGGGGGGCCCAAGGGGGGCAGGCGCGGGGUGGAGGGGGUGAAGGUCGUGGUGGUGGAUGUGGUGGAGCUGCCGGUGGAGCUUGAGGGGCGCGCCAACAUCGCCUUCUACGGCUGCGACCUGACAUCGCCGGCCUCGAUCCACUCGACGGCCAGCCUGAUCCGCGCCGACUGCGGCGAUCCGACUGUGCUCAUCAACAACGCGGGCAUCGCGCACCAGCACGCCAUCCUCGAGGGGAACGACGAGUACGACGAGCAGCUCUUCCGCGUGAACGUGCUCAGCCACUUCUCGCUCAUCCGGGAAUUCCUGCCGGGCAUGCUGGCCCAGAAGAAGGGCCACAUCGUCACCGUCGCCAGCUUGGCGAGCUACUACACCCCUUCCGGCAUUGUCAACUACGCUGCCAGCAAGGCUGCCGUCUUGUCUUUGCACGAAGGCCUCAACGUCGAGCUGCGCCACCGCUACGGCCCGGCCGGCAAACACAUCAUCACGUCCAUCAUCCAUCCGACGUGGACGCAGACGCCCAUCGUGGACUCGUGGGUAGCCAGCCUGAAGAAGAGCGGCGCCCCCAUCAUUACGCCCGCCGAGGUUGCAGCCAAGAUCGUGCGCCAGGUGCUCCGCGCCGAGCCGGCCCAGGUGUUCGUGCCGGAGCGCAGCGCCCUGAUUUCCAGCUUCAAGGGCUGGCCGACUUGGCUGCAGGAGCUCCUCAGAGACAGUGGUGAUAGGAAGACGAGACCGCUUGAUGAUGAUGAUUACAGUGGUGGUGAAGAUAGAGACGCGUUGGGUAGCUCGAGGAGCUAUGAUAUUGUGGAAGGCUAA